UAGUUGGAGUCCCCGUCGCGCUUAGACGCCUUGAGGAAGGACAAUCGCUUUGAAAGGAAUGGAAUGUGGACGGUGCCCGCGCGCUCUUCCCAGCAUCCUCCUGGCAGCCCCGCGCGGUGCCAGGUGCAAACGGCAGCGCCAUCCUUGCCUCAUCAAUCCGCCAGAACCUGGCUACGACCGUCUAUCUCGGCUCCUUCAUCCGCCACUGUCUGUUUGCGCCACAGAAACAAAGAUAAAGUCUGCUUCUGGAUCAACAAUGUGCCAACAGCCAUAUCGCCACACAACCCUAUCCCAGACACUGCAGCCUCUUGCUAUUGAACCUCUGCUCUUAAAGCAACCCCAGAAUCUUCAGUCUACCUCAUCUGCAAUGAUGCCACCAGCCUCCCAGUUGUUACCUGCACAGAUGUUUAAACCAUCUCAGUCAGAGCUUGUUCUGCUACCUCAAGAAAAAGUACCAUCCUUUGAUGCAGACCAAGAUCCCGUUUUAGCAGAUCUCUGUAGGCCACUACUUUGUAAAUUGUGCAAUGUAUCCUUGAAUUCAACACAGCAAGCACAGGCACAUUACCAGGGUAAAAACCACUCAAAGAAACUUCGAAAUUAUUAUGCUGGGCAUCAGUGUGUGGCUGCUCCCAAAGCGACUCAUUUUGUAGAUCAGCCAGGCACACAACUUCAUCCACCGGCAUCCCAGUCAGGGUCCCCCAAGACAGCAGGUCGUGUGAUAAUGGCUACAGCAAAUGAUUACUGCAAACUCUGUGAUGCCUCUUUUAGCUCCCCGGCUGUGGCACAGGCACAUUAUCAAGGAAAGAACCAUGCCAAGAGACUGCGACUAGCAGAGGCCCAGAAAUCCAAUUCACUUUCAGCAGCAACAGAGCUCACAAAGAGAAGACAAAGGAAAGAAGGGAAUGAAUUUAAAAUUGUGCCAAAUCGUCGCAAUCUAUAUGGAGUUCAAAAUACACUAGGUCCUUACUUUAAUCCACGUUCCCGUCAGCGGAUUCCACGUGACCUAGCAAUGUGUGUAACACCAAGUGGACAGUUCUACUGUUCAAUGUGCAAUAUUGGUGCCAUUGAAGAACAAGAAUUUCGUCUUCACCUUGAAAGCAAAUUGCAUAAGAGCAAGGUGUCAGAGCAGCGGUACCGUAAUGAGAUGGAAAAUCUUGGCUAUGCAUGAAGCCUCGGAAAUAAGUGCAUCUUGAAACUACAAGAGAAUGGUUAUAAUUGUUAAUGAUACAUUCACAAUUUCUGUAUAGAAAGUUUGAAGACUUAAAGAAAAAAAUCAUAGAAUCCAUUGUUUUUUAAAAUUGUACAGAAGUUAAUCGUUUAAUGUCAAAAUGUACUUUGUAUUCUCUUAAUAUUUUAAUUUAAUGUUUAAUUUAAUGUUACUUUGUGUGUAUAGGAAAUUUCAGUUUGUUGCUAAAAUUUGUCCUUUAAAGGGAUGUUUGUGUAACUGGUCACAUGUUGCUUUUGCAGAUGAUUUGGAAGCAUUUAAUUGGUUUAAUAUUUGUUUUUCUCACACAAUAUUUUCUAACAAAAUGUUCAACUCUUGUGGAAUUUUAAUGUAAUUCUAAUUAGUCUCUUUAAUAUUCAACUUUUUUUGAUUCACAGUCUAUAAUGGUCAUCUGAAAUUGAUCCAGAAGGUGAUAUACUAAUAAAUGUUCAACUCUGAAUCAUUCAUUUAUUGUUGAAUGACCUUUGUGUAGAGAGUUUCACCAUCAGGCUCCCUAUAGAAAAAAUAAUCAGAUACAAAAAGUACAAUAAUUUGUUAAUACUGUUUGUUCUGCCUCCUGAGAUUUUUGUUUAAAAAAUAUGUAAAUGACACCAUUGUUGAAGAGUUGAUCAGCUUGAUGAUGUGAUGUUGCUAAAUUAACAAAAUUGAAGCAUCCCUGGGCUUAUGUUUACAAUUAUACAUAUAUAUUAAUUAAAUAUAUAUAUAUAGAUAUAUAUAAAUAUAUAGGGCUCAGUAUUUAGCCACUAAUGGCAUCAUCAGCAUGCAUGCACUGUUUCACAGUCAACAUCAGAAAAAUUAUAGGAUGUUAAUGUUGUUCUUGUGAAUCUUGAAACUUGAUUUUUUUUAAAAAAAGGAUCCUAAUGGUGAUAUCCUCCUUUUAAAGACUGGUUUCACUGUACCAACUCUUAUGAAAAUAAUCCACUAAAGUGUAAUUUUAAAAAAUAGUAAAGAUCAAAAUUAUGGAAAAGUUAUAUAUGCUAUCCUUUUGCAAGCUGGUCAGUUCAAAUUUCAGCAUUUGAUGGAUAAAAUCCUUUACAACCCGAGACUGACUGAGCUUGAGUGUCAGAGCUUGGAGUGAGCAGAGGUAAGUUUGUGAUUUACAAAAUGGAAAAUAAACCUAGUACAGCCAAGAUAACUAACAAUGAGUUAAAGGCUGCAUUUGCGUAGGAUAUGCUGCAAAUUUUUCUAUUUUAGUGGUGGAAAAUAGUUAUUUUCAUGAACUCCAUGCUACUUAUUUUAUAUUCUAUGACCCCUAUGUCCCUUGUCAGUGGCUGCCAAGUACAUUUAAAAACAAUUGCCAUAGGACCUUUUAAUAAAUGCUAGCCUUUAUGAAUGAAUGCUCUUUAUCAAAUUAUAAUUUAUCUUUUAUAAUAUUUUCACAGAUAAAAUUGUGCUGAAUUUUUCUAUCAUUGUUAUAUUUUUCUCUGCACUGGAUUUAACGUGAAAGAUGUUUCAAUGUCUACAUUUUAAAGGAUAAUCAAAUUGAGUCUUUUAGGCUUACGUAAAAGAUGUUGAUAUUAAAAAAGUGCAUUUAUAAAUUUAUGGUUCAAACUAUGUCCACUACAUGAUUGUAUUUAUUUGAAAUCUUAAUAGGCUAAAAUUUCCAUUUCAAAUAUGGAUUCACUUCAGGUCUUUCUUUGAGUAUUCUGUCUCAUUAACAAUUUCAGUUCAACAGCAGUUGCAAAAUUUCACAUAGAAUGGAUGUAAAAUAAAUUUAAUAGCCACUGGCUUUUUGAUUUAUCAAAUAUGUAUAUUUCACGAUUUUUUUCAUAAUUUAUUACCAUGUUAAAUCGCAGAAAUAAGAGACUGAACUCACCAAGGAUGAAUACAAACAGAAAAUGCUGGAAAUACUCAGAUCAGGCAGCAGCUGUGGACAAAGAAACAGAAUUAACAUUUAAGAUCAAUGACCUUCCAUCAAAACUGGAAAAAGUUAAAGAUUUAACACCCUGACUCACUCCUCAAUCACACGCAACAGCCCUUUCCCCUUCCCAAUGGCACCUUUCCAUGCAAGUGCAGGAGAUGCAAUAUCUGCACUUUUACAUCCUCCCUUCCAAGUGUUCAAAUAUUCUGUCCAGGUAAGACAGCAAAUUACUUGUACUUUCAAUUUACUAUACUGCAUUCAUUGCGCACCAUGCCAUCUCCUUGGCAUGAGCAAGAACAAACCCAGACUGGGUGAUGACUUAGCAGAACACUUCUGUUCAGUCCAUAAGCGUGACCCUGAGCUUCCAGUCACCUGGCAUUUUAAUUCUCUGCCCCUGGCCUCCUACACUGUUCCAAUAAGGCUUAACAAAGUUUGAGGAAUAGCACCUCAUUUUUCAGUUAAACACUUCACAGCCUUCUGGACUUAGUACUUAGAAAUUCAACAAUUUCAUAAUAUAACCCCAACACCCAUUUUUUUGGAUGACCGUUGUUAGCAAAUACUCUGCUAUUUCCCAUUUACACCUCUAGACCUAUAUUUUUUCUUACUUGUUCUAUUACCAUUUUCUUUUGUCUCGCAUCAUCAUCCCUUUUGUAAUUUAAUCUCUGCAGCCUUCUACUGUAUCAGAGACCUUACCUCUUCUCCCCACACCUCCACAUUGCCUCUGUAUUUGCUUAAAACCUGUUAGAUCUUUAACAUUUUCCAGUUCUAAUGAAAGGUCAUUGACCUGAAACUUAAAUUAUGUUGCUCUCUGUACACAUACUACCUGAUUCACUUGAGUGUUUACAGGAUUUCCUGUUUUUAUUUCAGAUUUCCAGCAUUUGCAGUAUUUUGCUUUUAUAAGAAUGAAUUGCCUGAGCGUACUUUUGAAUUUCUUUUAUUUCACAGAUAUGCUUCUAUGAAAUUUAAAUUUAUGGAAUAAAAUAAUUUCUUGAUU